AUGGGUGACGCCAGUGCGUCCUUCAAAAUAUAUUCCCGGGCGGUGGAAAGAAAACCAUUGCCAGAAGAUCCAAAACUGCGUGCUGACAUCGAGCACGUGCUGGAACAUGGCUAUGUGAUAAUUCCCGACUGCUUCACAAAAGCUGAGGCGAAGGAGGCUAGAGAUGAGAUCGUUCGGCUUUUGGGUCACCAACCGCUAGGUGGAAGAAACAACUUUGAGGGGAUCAAUACAAACAGGAUAUACUCACUGCUCAACAAGAGUCGAGUGUUUGACAAGUUCACCAUCUUGCCACGAGUGUUGGCCCUCAAUGAUUACUUUCUUGAUCCUGGAUAUCUUCUCUCGGCACUCCACACCAUCUCCAUCAAUCCAGGCGAGAAGGCACAAGCUCUGCACCACGACGAUGGAUAUAUCCAAUUUCCGAGACCUAGAUUACCAUUUGGGUCGGCCAUCAUGGUGGCAUUUGACGAAUACACAUUGCAAAACGGUGCCACGCGGAUCAUUCCAGGUUCACACAACUGGGGUAGUGAUCGACGAGGCACGCCAGAAGAGACAAUACCAGCGCUAUGCCCGGAAGGCGGAGUGGUAUAUUUUAUUAGUACUUUGUGGCACGGUGGUGGUGCAAAUACAUCAGAUCGUCCACGACAGAGCGCAACAGUUCAAUAUUGCAAUCCUUAUAUCCGACCGAUCGAGAGUCAGAUCUUGGCUGUCGACCCACGGAAACUGGACCAGAUCGAUCCAAGAAUCGUGGAGAUGAUGGGAUAUAAGCACAUGGAGCCAUUUAUGGGGUAUGCCGAUGGGUUGGCGCCUCGACGGGCUGCAAGAAGGAUGGUGCGAUGGCUGCAGCACGAGGUGGACGAGAACCCUCCAACAUUCGCCCAUGAGGCACGAGAGGCUAAAAUGUAA